CUUCCGGCUUGGCCGCGCAGCUCCGUUGCGCGCUCACUCUGCGGCGGCUGGCGGGGUCGGCUUCGCUGGGGACUUCCAUUGCUGGCUCUGUUUUCUGGCCGGUCAGGCAGAACGAUGCCCGCUCCCUGCUUCCCGGCGUCCCGCGCGCCCGGUGACCAUUAGCCCGCUGCAGGGUUGUGGCGGUGAUCCCCUGCCUCCGACUUUCACCCAGCGUCCGGCUCGGAGCUUGCUGGCCGGCGGGGAGAGGCCCUGGUAGUGUCAGGAGGUUUCAAAGGCUCGAGUACCUCUACAGACCCAGCAGCUACUUCUGUGGUCAUGGAGAUCAUCUUCUACCAGGAUUAAUGUACGAUCUUCACCCAGCUUAUCACCCCCUAGUUGCAGCGUUGGGUCCUGAUUUCCACCAAUGAAGUUUUUUUAUCCUUUCUUGAAUCAUGUGACAUUACUUCUUGUCCGCUGUUUCCCUUUCAGUUGCCAAAUCCAUUAGCUAUAAGUUCUUGUUGAUUUAAAGUACUGAAUUGUUUGCCUGUCCCCUUACACUGACAGCUCACCUCUGCUAGCUAUGACUUUCAUAGGUACUCACCAGGAGUCCUUGCCUUGAAUCGGGCAGAAUCGACAGAGACAACAACAGUCAGGCAGUGAGUCGUCCUGCUCUGUUUUUCUGUCUGUUAAGUGUGCAAGCCCGAGUAAAACUGUAUUCUUGAACAUAGCGUAAGAAAAACGAAAAAUAAUCCCGCGGUAAUGGCAAAAGUUGAUGGUCAUGAGAAUAUUUUAGAAACCUCGGUGGCAGGGCAGUAUUGAUUCAGCUUCCAGUAAGGCUGCAAUUCAAGAAAAGAGCAAGGAGGAAGAAGAGAAAAUAGGGUUCACUUGAGCUAUUCCUUGUUGUAGGAACAGGUUAAGUUCUAAAUGAAAUGAAAAAAUCAGACUUUCUUUGAAAAUUGUUAUACCAUCCAAGUCCUAGGGUACAGCUGAGGACUCUUAAGCCUCCAUUUUCUGGUCUCUUUGUGUUCACAUCCAAGUUGUUAAUUGUCUAAAAUAAUUAGGCUAAAAUGUUGGGAAAACGUAAACGUGUGGUAUUGACAAUUAAAGACAAACUUGACAUUAUUAAGAAGCUUGAAGAAGGCAACUCCUUCAAAAAACUCUCUGUCCUGUAUGGAAUUGGUGAAUCCACAGUUCGUGACAUUAAAAAAAACAAAGAGAGAAUUAUAAACUAUGCCAACAAUUCAGAUCCUACUAGUGGGGUAUCCAAGCGUAAGUCUAUGAAGUCAUCAACAUAUGAGGAGCUUGACAGAGUUAUGAUAGAAUGGUUUAAUCAACAGAAAACAAAUGGGAUUCCAGUGUCUGGAACUAUUUGCGCAAAGCAGGCUAGGUUCUUUUUCGAUGCCUUGGGUAUGGAAGGUGAUUUUAAUGCCUCUUCUGGUUGGCUUACUAGGUUUAAGCAGCGUCAUGGUAUUCCAAAGGCUGCUGGUAAAGGCACAAAGUUAAAAGGGGAUGAAACUGCUGCCAGUGAAUUUUGUGGUAACUUUCAGGAAUUUGUGAAAAGAGAAAAUCUCCUACCAGAACAAAUUUAUGGUGCUGAUCAAACUGGAUUGUUCUGGAAAUGUCUACCAACAAGGACAUUGGCUUUUGACACUGACCAGAGUACUUGUGAGUAUAGGACAAGCAGAGAAAGAAUCAUUAUUAUGUGUUGUGCAAAUGCCACAGGUUUACACAAGCUUAAUCUUUGUGUGGUGGGAAAAGCAAAAAGACCCCGUGCGUUCAAAGGAACUGACCUUUCAAACCUUCCUGUUACGUACUUCAGUCAAAAAAGUGCGUGGAUCGAGCCCUCUGUUCUCAAACAGUGGUUUGAGAAGUGCUUUGUGCCACAGGUGCAGAAGCAUCUGAAAUCCAAAGGGCUUCGAGAAAAGGCAGUACUACUUUUAGAUUUUCCUGCAGCACAUCCUGCCGAAGAACUGUUGAACUCAGAUGAUGGCAGAAUAAUUGUGAAAUAUUUGCCGCCAAAUGUCACAAGUCUAAUUCAACCUAUGAGCCAAGGAGUUCUAACCACUGUCAAAAGAUAUUACAGAGCAGGACUUAUCCAAAAAUACAUGGAUGAAGGAAAUGACCCUAAAUUGUUUUGGAAGAAUUUGACAGUGUUGGAUGCAAUUUAUGAGGCAUCCAGAGCCUGGAACCAGAUAAGAUCGAGUACCAUAACCAGAGCGUGGAGAAAACUUUUCCCUGGCAAUGAGGAAAAUCCAAGUGUGAGCAUUGACGAAGGAGCCAUUUUAGCAGCUAAUUUAGCAACGGUUUUACAGAAUACCGAAGAUUGUGAACAUGUUAACAUUGAAAAUAUUGGGCAGUGGUUUGACUCCCGGAGUAGUGGCUCCAACUGUCAGGUGUUAGCUGACCUUGUAGGUGCUGCGGACCGGGCAAAGGCUGGUGAGCAAAAACAGCCCUCCAGGAAGACUCGGAAAGCAGAACUGAAUCCAGAGAAGCAUAUCAGCCACAGAGCUGCACUUGAGUGGACUGAAAAUUUGCUGGAUUAUCUAGAACAACAGGAUGACAUGCUACUCUCUGAUAAGCUGGUCUUGCGGAGGCUUCGGACCAUUAUAAGAAGAAAACAGAGAAUACAAACUAAAAGUCAUCUAUAGUCCUCUCUUCUGUCGCUGUGCAUUUUCAUCUUUGUGACUUUUGUCUGCAGUGGAAUUUACCUAAAGCCAAAUAAAUGUUACACAUGACUUUAGGAUUAGAUGCUGUUCUGGAUUAAUUAAACUACAGCUCUUUAAUGUUGGUUCUGAUUGAGCCAUGACAUGGAAUUCACUUGUCAAUGUCUAAACUGUGUUAUACUAAUUAGAUCCUAAUAUACUGGCGGCUGGGAGGUGGUGUGUGCUGAAUGUCAACAUGUCUAGUGAUGGGCAGUGCACACUGUAGGCGCUCAAUAAAUCUUACUCAAAUUGAA